UUCAUUUAGUUGACAACUUCUUUCUUACUAAAAUGGCAUCUAAUCAAAAUAAUAAUUUAAUGAUUAUUAGCAGUUCUCGAAUUAUUUUACCAUAUUCAACUGAACCUACGCCUGGUACAAUUGAAAUUGAUAAAAGUACAGGAAAAAUCAUUAAAAUUCAUCCUUAUAAAUUAUCGAUUAAUGAUUACAAUGAAGAACAAUUUCUGGAUGUUGGAAAUAACGUUGUUAUGCCUGGUGUAAUUGAUGCUCAUGUGCACUUAAAUGAACCUGGUAGAACCCAAUGGGAGGGAUUUGAAACAGGGACAAAAGCUGCUGCAGCCGGUGGUGUAACAACCGUAAUUGACAUGCCAUUAAAUUCGAUUCCUCCUACUACUAGUGUUAGUAAUUUACAAGAAAAGAUUAAUGCGGCAAGAGGAAAGUGUUGGGUAGAUGUCGGUUUUUUUGGAGGUGUAAUUCCUGGAAACCAGGAUGAAUUGGUUCCAUUAAUAAAAGCAGGUGUAAAAGGAUUCAAAGGCUUUUUGAUAGAUAGCGGAGUCGAUGAAUUUCCUCGUGUAAAUGAACAAGAUGUUCGAAAAGCUUUUGAAAAGUUACAGGGACAAGAUUCAUUUUUAAUGUUUCAUGCUGAAAUGGAAGGAAGUAAUACGAAUAUUCUUGAAACAGAAUCAAAAGAAUAUUAUGAACAAAUUCCUCCAAAUAAUUAUGAAAAAUUUUUAUUGAGUAGACCACAAUCACUUGAAUUAAAUGCUAUAUCAUUAAUAAUAGAUCUUACUAAACAAUAUAAAAAUAAUGUUAAAACUCAUAUUGUGCAUUUAUCUGCUUCAGAUGCUAUACCUUUAAUCCAACAAGCCAAAUCUGAUGGAAUUAAUUUGACCGUAGAAACUUGCUUUCAUUAUUUAUGUUUGUCGUCCGAAAAAAUACCUAAUGGUAAAACUGAAUUUAAAUGUUGUCCCCCUAUUCGUGAAGAAAGUAAUCGAGAAAAACUUUGGCAGGCUUUGUUGGAUGGAACUAUUGAUUAUGUGGUAUCGGAUCAUUCACCUUGUACGGCAGACCUAAAGAAAUUUGAUGAUAAAGAAGAAGAAAGAGAUUUCAUAAAAGCAUGGGGUGGUAUUUCAACGUUACAAUUUGGAUUACCUGUAUUAUGGACCGAAGCUAAAAAUAGAGGUGUUAGCUUUAAACAAUUGUCAACCUGGUUAUCAAAGAAUACUUCCAAACAAGUUGGAUUACAUGAUCGAAAAGGUGAGAUUAAAGUAGGAUUUGAUGCUGAUUUUGUAAUUUGGGAUCCCGAAGAAAAAUUUGAGGUUACAAGUGAACUUAUUCAUUUUAAGAAUAAAGUAACUCCAUAUCUUGGUAAUACUAUUUUUGGAGUUGUACAUAAAUCUAUAAUUAGAGGAAAUAUUGUAUAUGAUAAAAGUAAUGGUGGACUUAUCAAGAUCCCCUGUGGCGAACUAUUGGUUUAAAUUAAUCUACUUGAUUUUGUUUAAUUUUAAAAACAAUUAAAAUAGUUACAAUAAAUAAUUUAUCGUGAUGCUAAAAUUACGUAAAUUUAACAUGAUUAUCAUGAUUAUACAAUAAAUACACGAUUUCUCGAAUAUACGAA